UAAGAGGAAGACACCGGGACCGAAAUGGCGCAGGAAAUCCCGGAGACAACUUACGUACCGGAAGCGGCGGAGGUUUCCAGAAAGGAGCGGGAACGACGGGCCGUUCAGGACGGGACGGUGUUGUGGAGGCGGCGAAAGGAGGAGUUGCAACGUCAGAAGCACCGCGAGCAACGUGAACUGCAGCAAAUCUUGGAGAAUUAUUCGCCUUGGGGUAAGCCUGGCGGGGGUGCGCCUUGCGCAGCCACCCUUAGAAAGAAAAAUGUACCGCUGGAGCCCCCGGAGCCUUCCAAGUGUCAGAAUUUCCGUCAGGGCUGGACGAACAAUUCGACGAUCGAGAGAUUGCACCGUAGGAACGUUGAUCCUUUGGCCGUCACCGAUAUGAACAAAUUCUUCGACGAUAAGGCGGAGCCAGGUAUCGCCGCGGAUAUGCAGCUGGUCCAGGAUCCCAGGCAUCGCUACAACGAGGAGGUUCAGGUGUACGAAUUGACCGGGGGUGUGGAAUUGGUGCCGCUUUUGACCAGCAGACGUUAUUACUCGCAGCCACAAAGCACUCGUCACGUUGCCACCGACGCCACGCGUCCUGGAUAUAUGAUAGAGUCAUUACGACCACUGGGAGUCGGGAAUCGCGAGUACAUCGCCGAGCUCGUCGAGCAAAUGCGACGAAAACGGGAACACGCGAUGGAGGAACGACAGACGGAGCAGGAAAGCUGUCGUCGACAUUUCGAUACCUGGAGGAGGCUGUGGGGUCGGCCAGGUCACGGCGCUCCCAUAGAUCACGCUCAUCGUAAUAAUCUGCACAACAUCUUGUAUCGUUCGGCCAUCUAUUGA